AUGGUCAAGCUCGACAUCGUCCGAUCCGCGAAUGCGGCACUUGCGAACUCGGCGACAAAGCCGUAUGUGGCUGUUGUGGCUGGCGGCACGGCGGGGAUUGGCGAGAGUGCGGUGCGGACACUCGCCGCGACAUUUUCGGAUCGCGGGGAUCGGGAGGACGAUGUGCUUCGCGUGCAUAUCGUUGGCAGAAAUGAAGAAGCCGGACGUAAGAUCGUUGCUGAAUGCUCGGACGUGUGUCCGCGGGGGAUGUUCCGAUUUCAUAAGGGCGACAUGUCGCUGCUGAGGGAGGUCGAUCGCGUCUGCGCUGAUAUUAUUCGAACCGAGCAGCAAGAGGCUAACGCGAGAGGUAGAGUCGCGAAGGUUGACUUCUUGGUGAAUUGCCAGGGCGUCUUGUCUCUCACGGCCGAAGAUACCAAGGAAGGCCUCGACAAGUACUAUAGCCUGCUCUACUAUUCGCGGGCGCGCUUCGUCGAAAGACUACUUCCGCUCCUGACCGCGUCUCCCGGAGGCGGUCACGUCGUCUCGGUGCUCAACGCAAGCAUCAAGGAAGCACUUGUACUCGACGACCUCGCGCUGCGAAACCCGAAGAACCAGAAGUUUCCGACUGCCUUCGCGCAUCUGGUCAGCUUGACCAACAUCUUCUUCGAAGAAGUUGCGCGUCGCAACCCAGGCCGGAUAGCUCUCUGCCACCAGCACCCGGGCUACGUGCCCACCGACAUCGCGUCGAAGAGCAACUUCCCCUGGUGGCUCAAGUUCUUGAUAACCUACAUUGUCAACCCCUUAUUCAGGCCUUGGUGGGUACCGCUCGAAGAAUGCGGGCAGCGCAUCUUGUUCAUGGCUUCGCCAGCGAGGUUCCCGGCGCGGAGACCCGGAGAUGUAAGGGACGGUACGGGAACGUCGUUGGGAAGCGUGGACGGCGUUGAGCCGGCCGAGGGGAUAGAUGGAGAGGUCGGAAGCGGGGUGUAUAGGGUGAAUAAGGACGGCGAUACGUUUCCUAAGGGGAAGGAAUACGGUAAUGUUCGCGAUAAUGGCACUGCGGACAAGGUCUACCAGCAUACUAUGACCGUAUUCGCAGAGAUCGAGGCCGGUAGAGUAUUCAAAGGCUGA